UCCGGUGGUGUAGCAGCCGAGCGGAGCACACAGACCCGGGAUCUCCGCGUUGAUGAGCGCAAAUGCGAAUAGCGGGUCGAGUCCGCCUGUCAUGACUGUCGAGUGACCAGAGCAGCGGUCAGUGUGACGCCGCCUGAGCACCGUGCUUCAACCCGAGUGACAGCGUCAGGGCACCGCUGGAGCUUUUUGUCUUCGUGGGGAUUUUUCAAGUGCAGAACAGGCGUCUGGGGCUUCUGGAGGAGAGUACAAAUAUUGAGCCGGUUCAUAUUCACCCACGACGGCUAACGGAGCGAAAGCUGCACCGUGCCGCCGUGCAGCCGGCCCACGCUCCCAAACUCCUCAACAACAACAUCCACGGCAGCGCAGCAGCAGCGGCCAUCGCAGUGGCUAAAUGAAGAACUUCUGAACAUGCAAGAGAGAAGGACUCUACCUUUCACUCCGGUGACUUCCCCAGAUGCUUUGGCCCAAAGAAAGAUGGAAAGGAAUGGGAAGAACAUGAGCCAAGGCUGCUGCACAGAACCCAUUCAGUGAGCCAACAGAAGACCCUCCAUACACCACGUUGCUGAGCCCCCCAACUGCCCCCUCUUGACUCCUCGACGUACAAGUACCAUGACCUCUGAGCUGGAGAGCAGCUUGACCUCCAUGGACUGGCUCCCCCAGCUCAGCAUGAGGGCAGCCAUCCAGAAGGCAGACGCUGGACACCACCACGGACACCACCACGGACACCACCAUCACCACGUCCACCACCACGGGCAUGGACCUGGCAAAAAGAUCACUCAUCUGGACCCGGGAACGACACUUGAUCAGGAAGAGGCUGCACAGCACAGAGAUGGGAAACCCCCCUAUAGCUACGCCAGCCUCAUCACCUUCGCUAUCAACGGAUCGCCACGCAAACGGAUGACCCUCAGUGAGAUCUACCAGUGGAUCUGCGACAACUUCCCUUACUACAGAGAGGCGGGGAGCGGCUGGAAGAAUUCUAUACGACACAACUUGUCCUUGAACAAGUGUUUUCUCAAAGUGCCUCGCUCCAAAGACGACCCUGGAAAAGGUUCCUACUGGGCCAUAGACACCAAUCCUAAAGAAGACACAGUACCCAGCAGGCCAAAGAAGAGGCCGCGCUCUGGAGAAAGGGCUUCAACUCCUUACAGCCUGGAGUCCGAGUCUCUGAGGAUGGACUGCAUUAUGUCAGGAGGUGCGUCUCCUACUCUGGCCAUCAAUGCUGUAACCAACAAGGUAGCACUCUACAGCCCAGAGGCAGAAGGCAGUGAGAGUCCUGGGAGUCUGGGCGGCAGCCUGAGCAACAGUCUGUCAGAGCAGAGUUUGGCAUCCGUCAACCUUAACAACCUGAGCACGGCCGUCAGCAGUGGCGGCAACGUCCACAGCUACACACCAGUGAGUAGCCACUCGGAGCCUUCGUCCCAGUCCCUGAGUCUUCAGCAGGCCACCCAGCCGCCGCUGCCUCCCCCUCCUCCCCCACAGCCUCAGUACGGUUUGGCCGUCCCAGAGUCUCGGGACAAGCAGCUCUGCUUUUCAGACUUCGAGGACCUCAGUUCUUCUUUCCGCAGUCUCUACAAAUGUGUCUUUGAGCAGUCAUUCUCACAGCAAGGUUUGAUGGGUAUGCCUGGUGAGUCCAACCAGCAGGCCCGGACUGCCUGCUCCUAUCAGCACUCUCCAGCUGCGGUAAGCAGCGGCAGCCACCAUCACCAACACGACCACGGUCAGGUGUCACACCACCCCCACCAUCCUCAGCAGCACCUCUCCCCCCACUCCAACCACAGCCAACACCAACAGCACCCUGCUCAUUCUCAGCAGCACCCAUCUCUCACCCACCAGAGCCAUACUGGACAGACCUGCCCCAAUACAGGCAUGUCAUCAGACUGGUACCCAAACCUGGACUGGCUGAAGGAGAGCUGCCGCAUUGCUACCAGCUACAACUGGGCUGACGUAGACCUCUCCCCAUUUCAAGGUCUGAAGGAGAGCAUGCGGCAGGCCGAGCUCAAUAACUGGUCGCUGGACGCCGCUCAGAUGGCCGACCUGUGCUCCUCUAUAAACAGGUUCUUCACGGCCACAGGGGUCAUCCCCCCUCAGGGUGCCACCCACCCACAGCCUCAGGUUCAACACCCAACACUUCCUGGAGCACCACAGCACCCGGCUCAGCCGCACGGGGCCAUGCACCCGAAGGCCAGCCAGCACAAUCAGCACGGGCAACACAACCAACAUAAUCACCACAUCAGUACGGGAAACAUGUACAUGGACUCGAGACAGAGUAUUUCCUCUCUGAUGGGCCCUCCAGGAUACCCCCACAUGCCUCCCAUGAGCAACACGGCCCCCAGCAUGACAGGUGACUCUUCUCUUCUCGAUCUCUUGACAGGGCAUCUCAGCCAGCUGAGCCAGCUGAGCCAGCAGCAACACAGGAUGCCUCUGGGACAUUUCCAAGUUAGACGCAUGCUCACUGCAGACGACAUCCAGGACGAUUUUGACUGGGACUCCAUCGUCUAAAUGGAGCUGCUUUAGGAACGCAAAGACUCCGAAAAGACAUGUGAUGUCAGGUGAGGUAUGGAACUGGCCGACCUGCUCCUUUCACCUGUGUGAAAAAAAAAAACAGAAGACAAUCCAACAGAAAACAAACAGAAAAGUCAUUUUCUGAACUUGCUGGCCUUUUUUUCUGGCACAAAUGGACAGUGAGUCUAAAGACAAUCAUUUAAUAUUUAAGACUUGUAUGGAAUUGGACCAAGCCAAGCUGUAAACACACAUCGUCUAUAGUAAAUGGACCGUUCUUAAACUGUCUGAUGUUUUCCCCUGUCCCCACAGCGCUAAGAGGGUUACAUGUCACCAAAGUGUCCAUGGUUUAUUUUCUUAUUACUACCAUUAUAAUAUUCUGUUUUCCAUCAUUACUUGAGUACAGGUCUGGGAAGUUUUAGCCCUGUUGCCUGAAAUGAACAGCAACCUUCAAACUCCCUGCGUCAAAUCACUCAUUCUGUCUUUUGCUCACAUUCAGCAGGUCUGACCAUUUCAUCCUUUCCUUUCUUUGUUUACUUUGAUACUGGGCAUCUGUGUGGCUGUGGGAUUUCACAACCACUGUGAUAAAGAGGAUAUAUUGGAGAAGGUAACGAUGGUGUAUCUGUUCUACUUGAAUCUGUCAUAGUUGAGUUGAGCACCACCUGCUGGUUAAACAAGGCACCGUAUAGCCUCUUUUUGCCUGAGAAGUUCUAUGCACCUCAUACUGUUCUGUCACAUCAGACACCUAUUUUAAUAUUUUCUGGUCAUUUUUGGGCUUUUAUUGUGUGUGUUAAACAUUACAUAGUGUCAUGGUCUCAGGGUGUUACAUUUAUAAACCAUGUCAGACCAACACAAAGCAUUUACAUCUCUGUAUGUGAUGUCACUGUGUGUCGUUUGCGUUCAUUUCUUCACGGCAAAGCUUCCUAAAACUCUGGUCAAAAGGUUUCAAGUCUUCAUCUGUCAGUGGAUAAGCUAUCUGAUAUAAAAUACUGUGGAAUAAGCUUUUUCAGUAGCUCAAACAACAGACGCUAAUUAAAUGAAAAUAAGACUCUGGUUUGACUUUGAAAUUGUCAACACUAAUGACGAGUUUCUGAAAUAUUCUACACUUUUUUUGAUGUUUUAUAAUUUUGGGGAAGUGCAUUUUGAUUAUGACUAGACAGCAAAGGUUAUGUGAUUUGAAGAAGCCUCAUGUACGGGAUGAAGAGCAGUAUUUUGCACAUCACCAAACUUGAUAGCAUUUUAGUGAUUCAGAAAAAGAAACAAUGUGGUGAACUUUUUAUUUCUUUGUUUCGAGAGACUUUUAAAAAAUGAGCAAAGACUAACAAAAGUCAAAUUCUCAACUUUUUUUGUUUACUGUGAUGUUUAAUUUUGUCCAUGUGUACAAGUGUGUAUAGUCCUCUCUGAUUUCCUUUAACAUACGGCUCCGUACAGCUAAAAAAUAUCCUGAGGAAAGAGGUCAUUUGUUUGUAUGAAAUGAAAAAUGGGACCUCAUAGUGCUCUUUGGUUUGGAAGAUCUCUGGUUGGAAUGGUCGAAACAAGGUCUUGUUAUAGAAAAAAAAAGAAAAAUACUCUUUACUAUUGCCAUUAAAUGCUGUAUUACAGUGACCAGCAUAUAUAUCUUGUAUGUUUGUGUGUUGUUGUCCUUGUAAAUAGCAGUAUGUUACUCCUACGUUUGCCCUUGAAAAACAGACUGGUGAAAAGAAAACAGCAAAUGGAGAGAAAGUAUUUUGUUAUUUGUCCUUCAGGAGUCACAGUAUGUACAUACCUUCACUUUAUUGUAAAUAUGCGAUUAAAAAAGAUGCCAUUGGUGUUUUGUGUGUCAAAAUAAUCUGUGUAUGGCAGUUCAGCGGUUUAAAUCUGUUUCAGUGUUUAUUAAAAUGUUAUUGACCAUUUUUACUGCACUAA